AUGGCUACACAAGCGCACUGCGCAUAUUGUUUCGAAAGCCUCGUCGCAAGCCUCGAGAAGCGCCCUUCUCUCACUCUAGCCCAAGUCGAACACCUCUGGGCGAAAUAUAACUCGGAACCCACCACAACCUCUGAGCUCGAAGAUGAGACCGAAGCAGAACAAGCAGAACAAGCCGCACUUGCAUCCGCGUCUGCGUCCGUAUCAGCAGAUGGCUCAUACAAACCCGCCGCUAUAUCGCGUAUCCUAGCCUCCCCUCCCUCGUCAGCUAGCUCCUCAAGCCUGCAAAGCGCAAGUUCGACGCCCAGUGGCCCGAGCAGCGAGACACCAAGCAGUCUUACAAGCCAGAGCAGCAGUUCUACAAACUUGAUUGACAAAGAAGGCGAGGAAGAGGAGGAAGAGCAUCCGUUAUUCAUAACGUGGAACACAAUCUCACGUUCUGGCGACAAGCGACUCCGGGGCUGUAUCGGGACCUUUGAAGCACAACCACUCACCAAAGGUCUCUCUGACUACGCGCUGACGGCCGCAUUCGACGAUACGCGUUUCUCGCCUAUUACCACACGCGAAUUGCCAACCCUCGAAUGCGCUGUCACUCUCCUCACGGAUUUUGAGCCUGUUGACGAUGCCAUGGAUUGGGAAAUUGGCAAACAUGGCUUGCGGAUCAGUUUCCACGAAAAGGGUAGACGCUACGGGAGUACGUAUCUGCCUGAUGUUGCGAGCGAACAAGGGUGGACCAAGGAAGAAGCGCUGGUUAGUCUAAUGAGGAAGGCUGGAUGGAGUGGCAAGAAGGCGGAUUGGAACAAGGUUUCGUUGAGGGUUGUGAGGUACCAGGGGAAGAAGGUGGGGCUGGGCUGGGGCGAGUGGAGGAGUUGGAGAGAUUGGGUUGAUGAGGAGAUGGCUGAUGUUUAG